CUAACUUUCUGCCAUUACACCUUCAUUCUCUCUCUCUCUCUCUCUCUCUCUCUCUCUCUCUGGGAGUAAAGAAGAAGAGCAUGUGAUGUGAGAUUGUUUUUUUGUGGUAGCGACUAGAUUAUGGACUUCAAUUUGAAAAUCUUCUGAAACAGGAAAGUAAAAGAAGGAAAGGAAAGGAAAAAUGUUCAGGUUACAUAAGCUCAAGUCUAGCAAAUCUGGAGAAAGACUUGAUUUCAAGUUCUCCAGCUUCCAGGCCCUUCAGGUACCAAAAGGAUGGGACAAGCUCUAUGUAUCUAUAAUUUCAGAAGAAACAGGGAAAACUCUCUCCAAAUCAGGGAAAGCAUCAGUGAGGAAUGGAAGUUGUCAAUGGACAGAGACUCUGUCAGAGUCUAUUUGGAUUUCUCGACGUCAUACAUCGAAAGAAAAAGGAGAAUACCUCUUUAAGCUUGUUGUUUCCAUGGGUUCAUCUAGAUCUGGCAUCCUUGGAGAGGCCACAGUUAAUUUGGCAAGCUACAGGAGUUCAAAAACUGCUAUUCCUGUUUCAUUACAAUUAAAAAAAUGCAACCAUGGGACCAUCUUACAAGUUAAAAUCCAGUGCCUAACACCACGAGUGAAACUCAGGGAGGAGCAGUGGGAAGACACAGUUAUGGAAGAUGGGAACGUAGACUAUGAUGAUGUGGAAAGCAAAUCAGAUGUUUCUGAUAGUUCAUUGAACAAGAGUGUUGGAUCCUCCUCCAGCAACCAUUUGGAUAGUUCGUCUCAUGCAGGAGAACUAGUUAGUAGGGAUUUCAGUUUCUCAGCAUCAGGUUCACGUUAUAGCUUCGACUCAAUGGAGGGUUCCCUCGGUAGGGAAAGUUAUUCCCCACAAAAUAACUUAACCAGCUUUGUGAGCAACCAGAUUGGACGACAUGAUUCAACCAGCUCCCAAAGUAGUUAUCCUAAUGGAUCUUAUUCUUUUAAUGAUUCUUCUAGAUCAACUCACUCAUCCUUUAAAUCAAAGGUGUCAACUUCACAAAUCAGCCUUCAGAAUCAAAGGGGUGACUUAAAUCAGGAUUCACACUCUGUUGCCUCAUCAACUUUGCGGAAUGCUGGUUCAUCCAAGGACCUUCUGGAAGCUGCAGAAGUUACAAUUAAUGAACUUCGAGCAGAGGCUAGGAUGUGGGAACUAAAUGCUCGAAAGUUAAUGACUGAUCUGGAAAAAUUGCAGAAUGAAUUGUUGGACCAAUCAAAGCACCAGGAAAGUCUUGAAACAGAACUUUAUGAAUCACGCAAAGAAUGUGAUGGCUUGAAAGAGGAGAUCAAACAAGUGAAGAUCUUGUUGGAGGAAUCAGCGGCAAAGCAAAAAUCCACUGAGAAUUUGAAGUAUCAGGCCAAAGAAGUGAAUGAUCUUCAGAAAGAAUUGGAAGAUGAAGUGAAGUAUCAGAAAGAGUCAAAUGCUAACUUGGCUUUACAGCUAAAGAAAACUCAAGAGUCGAACAUUGAGCUUGUUUCCAUACUUCAAGAACUAGAAGAUACCAUAGAAAAACAGAAAAUGGAAAUUGCUAAUCUUACAAAAAUGGAUUCUAAAAGCAUGUGUAGCCAUGGACUUGAAGACAAUGUGGAGAUGAGGCCAAAUAAGGAUGUUUUUGCAAAGAAUAUGAGCAAAGUCUCUUGUGAUUCAGAUCCAGAAGGAAGUACUGUUGAACAUGAAUUGGGAGAUUUACCAGAAGGUUUUGAACCAGAGGACAACAGGAACCCUGAGCUGGAGUUAUGGAAGUUGAAAGAAUCGCAAAAGAACUUAGAAAGUACUAUUCGGUUUCUGGAAAAAUCUCUGCAGGAAAAAGUUCAGGAGAUAGAGGCUGAAAAGAGUUUGAAGACCCAAACUCUAGCGGACAGUGAAGCACAAUGGAGAAAUAAGUUAGCUGUAAAAGAGGAAGAAAUCGUCAACUUGGAGGCUAAGUUAUCUGAAGCAGCAUCCAAGGCUGAUGAUUUUGAAAAUGGGGGAAAUAUCAAUCUCACUAAUGAAGUCAAAGUUCUGAAACAGAAGAUAGAGGAGCUUGAGAAAGAUUGCAAUGAGCUUACAGAUGAAAAUCUAGAACUUCUACUUAAGCUCAAAGAAUCGAAAGGGGAUCUUCCAAGAUGUGGUGCCUCUUACAAUUCUCUAACAAAAGAAUUUCUGGAGAAUGAUUCUAUUUUUACCUCUGAAUCUGAAGUAAGCAAAAUGAAAUCUCAAAUAUGCAAGCUUGAAGAGGAGCUGAGCAAGAAAGAAAUGCUUAUUGAAGGACUGUCCACUGAUCACCUGCAGACCCAGUGUACAAAUCUUGAAAAGAAGUGUUCUGACCUGAAGCUUCAGUUAGAAGCUUUCAAGGACAAAACAUGUUACCUUGAAGGUGAACUCUGUAAAUAUCGUGCCAAAGCAGAAGAGCAGGAAAUUGAGAUUUCUACACUACGACAAUUAGAACACCAUGUUGCAGAAAUCAGUACAGACUUCAAGAUUUCUCAGUCAGAUGCUGCUGUGGAAAUAUCCAAAACACUAUCUCAGUUGCAUGAAGAGAUUCAAUUGUGUUUAGCCAGAGUAAAGAGGCAACAGUGUAAUUCUUAUUUGCCUGUAACCACUGAAUGUUACAAUGAUGACACAGAGAUUUCAAAUGCUGCAGGUUUAUGUACUCAAAAAGAACAAGCUGUUUCUGUUUUGAACAGUUUUGUCCAGCUAAAAGAUUUUUUUGAAGCAAAAGUCCUAUGUGAUGAUGAAAUGAAGCAAAAUGGAGAAGUCAGAACAAGAACAGCAAAUGCUGAGGAGGUCCAGAAUGACGUAGAGACUUGCAAUGCAAAGAAGAAUACUUCGAGCACAUUUAAUCUGGAACAGGAGAGUCUGCAAAUGAAAUGUAAACCUGAAAUUACAGAUUCGGGUAAUGAGAUAUUGGAAAAGACAUUUGAGAUAGACAAGCUUAAGUCUGAUAAUUUCUUGAAGGAACUAGAGGUGGAAGCUCUGAGGAAUUGCCAAAGAGAGUUGGAAACUCAGAUUUCUAAUCUUCAGAAUGAGAAAAGGCAGUUGGAAGAAAGCAUAGAAGUUAUGCUAAAAGAAAGUAAGAUGGCAUCAACAUGCAUGGAUGAUUCACAAAAGGAAAUGAUGGUGUUUAAUAAUAAUAUGAUGACGACUACAUUCAUGGAUGAUUCAAGAAAUGAUAUAAUGGUGUGUAAUAGUAGCAUGGAUUCCCAUGUUUCAACUGACAAUAUUCUUGCAUUGAAAUCACCAGAGCUUGACAGCAUCAAAAAUGAAGUAGAAGUUCACUUGUCCGAACUAGAAAAAGAAAAUGUACAGUUAUCAGAACGAAUAUGUGGCUUGGAAGCUCAACUAAGAUACUUGACUGACGAGAGGGAAUCAAGUCGCAUGGAAUUGCAGAAUUCAGAAUCAUGUGCUGUAAAUCUUCAGGAAGAGGUGAGAAUACUGAAAAGGGAAUUGGAAGCACAGAAGUGUGAUAAAAAGCAAAAGUUGCAGGACAUGCAAAAGAAGUGGUUAGAAGCUCAAGAGGAGUGUGAAUAUCUGAAAAUAGCAAAUCUAAAAUUACAAACUACAGCUGAAAGUCUUAUUGAUGAGUGCAGUUCGCUUCAGCAAUCAAUUGUAGAAUUAAGGAAGCAGAAAAUGGAGUUACAUGAGCAUUGUACAUUCUUGGAAGCUGAACUGAGUGAAUUGCAAAAAAGCUUUUCUGAUAUGUUCAAGGAAGUUGAAGCUCUUGAAGGAAAAUAUACUUUCAUGCUGGAAGAAAUUGCGUCUAAAGAGAAAGCCCUUAGUUUAGAACUAGAUGCACUUCUUCAAGAAAAUAAAAAAUAUAAAGAAAACCUUGAUUUGGAAGAGAGCCAGUUGAACCAGAUGUACUUGGAGAAGUCAGUUGAAGCUAAGAAUCUUCAUAGAGAGGUUGAACGCCUGACUGAACAUUUGUCUGCAACGCAUGAUGAAAAGGAAAGAGCAGCUUCAGCAGCUGUACUUGAAGUAUCUCAACUUCGUGCCCACAGAGCUUUGCAUGAAGCUUCAUUACAAGAAGUCCAAAAAAAACUUAAAGUAUCUGAAAGUAACCUCAGUACCCUUCGGAUGGAAUCAGAAACAAAGCUGUUAGGACUAAUGGAUGAGCUUGCAGCUUCCAAACAAAACCAGGAAGUUCUGUUGGCUGACCGUGAAAAGCUAUUGGAAUUGUUGGAAGAUGUGAAAUCCAAUGAAGACAAACAUAAAAACAUUGUUAGGGGGCAAGAGUUAAAACUUAAGGUUUCUGCAUAUGAGAGGCUACAACUAGAAGAAGAAAUUUCCAGCCUUAGGGUUCAAUUGCAGAAAACACCAGUGCUUCAAAAUGAGAUUUUGAAUCUUAAGAAAUUCCUUAAUGGGGUCCAAUUUGAAAAACAAAGACUUGAAGUUUCACUACAGGUGCUGUCCAGUGAUUGUGAAGAGUUAAAGGCUGAGAAAAUGCUAUUUUCACAGAUGAUUUCUGACAUGCAGAGAGCUGUGGCUGAGUUAGAGGACUGCAAACGCUGUAAAGUUUCCCUUGAGGAAAAGGUUUUGCGGCUGGAAGGGGAUUUAACUGCAAGAGAGGCACUUGGUGCACAGGAUGCAGAGUUCAAAAAUGAGCUUUCCCGGGUUAAGAGAUUAAAUAGCGAAUUACGGAGGAAGAUAAGACUUCUUCAGGUAGAGAAGCAAGAAUGUCUUAAUAGAGCUCAAGCUUUUGAACUGGAGCUAAAGAAGAUGAAAGAAGAAAAACUAGAUCGACAAAAUUCUGACAAUAGUCUUCACCUUUCUCCUCAUUAUAAUACCAUUACUAGUUCCACUUCUGAUGAAUUGAAGCUUUCACAGGUUGAUAACAAACAAAAUUGUGCUCCAGGAGACUCUACAGUUAUGGGAAUUGACUCGUUAUCAAAAAUCCAGCUACUUGAAAGUGAACUAGCUGAGGCUUUGGAGGCAAAUGACAUGUAUAAAACACAACUUAAGAGUUUUUUGUCCGAGGUAUGUAAAGAUCAUUCAAAUGCUCACAAGAACUUGGCAGAUGAUAAUGAAGCAAUAAAAGAACAUGCGGGUAGGGCACAAUCACUUGAGAUAGAGUUGAGAGCUUUGCAGGAACGCUACUUCCAGAUGAGCCUUAAAUGUGCAGAGGUCGAGGCUGAACGCGGGCAACUAGUGCUGAAACUCAGGGCUGUGAGUAAUGGAAAAAGUUGAUUUUCUCUACUACAGUAGGACUUUUCUGUAGUCUUCAAUUCCUCUUGCCCUCCCAAUUAACAUUUUUUCAACCAUUUCUAAUUUUUUGGUAGAUCUUGUAACACGAAGUCCUAUUCAAUUGAACAGAAGUUCAAAGCAAA